AUGACUGGCCGUGGUAAAGGUGGUAAAGGUCUUGGAAAAGGAGGUGCUAAGCGUCACCGAAAGAUUCUUCGUGAUAAUAUUCAAGGUAUAACCAAGCCAGCUAUCCGUCGCCUUGCACGCCGUGGUGGUGUUAAGCGUAUCUCAGGUCUUAUCUAUGAAGAGACUCGUGGUGUCUUAAAAGUUUUCCUCGAAAAUGUUAUUCGGGAUGCUGUUACUUAUACUGAACACGCUAAGCGUAAAACGGUUACCUCCCUUGAUGUUGUUUAUGCGCUCAAACGCCAAGGUCGAACCAUCUACGGUUUUGGUGGUUAA